AUGGCAUGUUCAAAAAUAUUUUCAGGAAAUUUACCUGAAUUAUUAAAUGAAAUUAUACAAUAUUUUCGUAACGAUUUUUUAACAUUACAUUCAUGUAUUUUAGUUAAUAGAUUAUGGUGUCGUUUGGCUAUUCCAUUAUUAUGGGAAGAUCCAUUCUCUAAUCCUACAGCAAAUUAUCAUUUCAUUAGAAAUUUUUUAUAUAAUUUAAAUGAUAAUGAUAAAACAAAAUUAAUUGAAUAUGAAAUUAAUAUUGAUUUAAUACCAUCAAACACAUUAUUUAAUUAUCCUAAUUAUAUUAAAUGUUUAAAUACAUGGAAAAUUUUUCAUUAUAUUGAAAAAUGGAUUGAUUUUAUUAAAUUAGGAACACCUUUAAAUUCUGAUAAGAUAAAAGAAAUAUCAAAAAUAAUUUAUAAUUCCAUAUUAAAAAAUGAAAAUAAUAUUAAUUUACGUAUAUUUGAAAUUAUAUUAAUUAGAGAUCAUGAUUAUUUUAAUGAUAUAUUGGAAUUAAUAUUACAAAAUCAGAAUUUAAUUCUUAAUAUUAAAAAUUUAAAAAUUUCAUUUAAUGGAAUUAUUAAAACAACAAAUAUAUUUUAUGAUUUUUUAAAAUUUUUAUAUAAUAAUUGUAAAACAAUUUCAAUACUUUAUUUUCAUCAUAAGAUGAAUUAUGAUGAUUUAUUAAUCAUAAAAUAUUGUUCUGAAUUAAUCAUUUCACAACAAAAUCUUGAAAAAAUGUUAUUUGGAUUUCAUAUUUAUAAUUCAAUAUUUUUAUCAUUAAAAAAUUCAAAUUGUUCAAAUACUUUAAAAACUAUUAUAUUUUAUAAUAUAAAUUUUAAAAAUAUAACAAAUUUUAAACAAGUUAUUGAACAAUUAAAUGUUUUAAAAUCUAUUCAUAUACUUUAUUGUUUUUCUUUAAAUUAUGAUUUUAUUCAACAAAUUAUUAAUAUUAACAAACCAUUUAAAUUAACUUCAUUAUUUAUGAAAGAAAAAUUUCAAAUUGAUAAUUUUCAAGCUUUAUUACAAAUUUCUGGUGAUUAUUUAGAAAAUAUUGGUUUAUUAACUAGUAAUAAAUUAAAAUAUCAAUUACUUGAAAUUAUUAUAAAAUAUUGUAAAAAUAUCAAAUUUUUUGAUUUACCAGGUUUUGAUUAUCAAAAUAUUUAUUUAUCAAUGGAUUUAAUUAAAAAAUUUAAUAAUCAUCAUCUUAAUUAUAUUAUAAUUGAUUUUGAUAGACUUCAUAUUCUUAAUCAACCAAAUGAUGAUAUUCUUAAUAUUAGUUCAAUUAUAUUAAAAGAGUUAGGUCAAAUUUUACCUUUAAAAUUGGAAUAUUUAGAUUUAUCUCUUUCAAUUGAUGAAAAUAUUUUUGAAAUAUUUUUAAAAAAUUCUCAAAAUACUUUUAUUAAGAAAUUAUUAAUUAAUAAUAAAAUUCAAAUAGGAAAUGAGAAUAUUUUAUCUUUUAUAAAAGAAUAUAUUAUGAAAAAGAAAAAAAUUGAUUAUUUUGCUUUUAAAAUGAAGGAUGAUUCAGAUGAUUCAAUAGAAAAAUGUAAAGAUUUAUUUUCUAUGAAGGAUGAAGUUAAGAUAUUUGAAUCAUAUAAUAUUAAGGUUCAAAAUUAUGGUGAUUUAAAGAUUCAACAUUAUAGUUAUAUAGAAGAAAUGUAUUAG